GGUAUAUUUUACAGAUGGCGCCACGUACAGGAAUGGCGAAGUACAAGUGUCAAAGUGAAACAAAAUCGAAUGUGAAAGAUACUCGAUGUACAUCCUAAAUACGUAAAGUUAGCUCGUGCGAUGCAGUCAAGCAAACUAGACGAUUUCAUGUCACCAACUCAUGACACUUCUAUUGAUGACAUCCUACGCACGACGGCAGACCUGACGAGUUCCAUACCAGAGGACGCCACUACAGUCUCUGAUGGCAGUCAACAAGCGUCGUCGUUCUGGUCAACGCUUCUCCGCUGCCCGCUGGAUUCGUGGGGUGGCAGGUGUGGAGAGAAUGAUCUGGUUAACUUUCCACUGCCACCGCAGUACGGAGAUUUUGCUACCGUGGUCCAAAAUGGUGAUGAAAACAACCAGAGCUACUUCAGCUACUUCAGUCACAACAACGGCAGCACAAGCACCAGCAGGUCUGGUGCGGAGGGCCUGAGCACGUGGACAGCAGAAUAUAACCCAUUCGGAACCAUCGAUCUGAAAUUCAAUUCUCAGCCUGCGGCCGACCCCGCCGGGAACAACAAUGGCGUCGGACAGCCGAGAGAGACGCCGGUCUCCUCGCCGUCUCCACCGCCAGCGGCCGCGCCGAAACCCAAAUACUCUGACGUCGUCGGGAAGAGACGGGGAAAGGCGAUGCUCGUGUCGGACGGCUAUGGUGGCGGGGGCGGCAGCAGUGCGCCGGUGGUAGAGCCGCGGAGACGCGCGCCGCCACGCGCGCAGAAGUGCAGGCAGUCGGCUAUGCACCACCGCGACACGAAGGAUACUAGUCCACUCGUCAAGGCCGAGUCCAAGCCAGAAAGUCUAGAUGGUGACAAUACCAUCAAAGUGGCAACGAAAUCUCCCCGGCUCAGUACCAAAGUGCCUGCAGAUGGGGCCACGCGUCGUCCGGGCCUGCCUAGAACUCCCUCUUCAGAUAUGGAGGAGAACCCACUACCAAAGUCGUCAGGAAAACACGACGGUGCCGCUCAAGACGCGAAGCCGCCAUCUGGGAAAGUUUCCGAGAAGCAGGCGGCAAAAUCCGGGAAGCCCGAAGAAAAGCCGUUCUUCGAUCCGAGACGAAUAUUCACCUGUAACCGCAAAGAGGUGAGGAAGUCUGCGAACAACCUGCGCAACGACAGCGUGCUGAAUAACGACAAAGGCUUCGGCUCACUGGACUGCAACGCAAAGCUCGAUGCGGCGACCUACAUCAACAAUGACCUCUCCGCCGAGCAGACCUGCGCGGAAGGAGGCAAGCCCGACAACGUGCCGACCUUCCGUCGCCGCGCGAAGGCCGAGGCGAAGGUCGUCAACCAGACACAGGUGGCGCCCUCCCGCAAGCAGCUCGGCAAGAAGUCUCGCCAGUGCCAGACGGCGUCGCACAGAGGCGUGGAGUUUGGCCAGGCUGUCCUACUUGGCCUGCAGAAGAUGCUGCUGUGGCUCAUUACACUAUUAGGAAAUGUGAUUUUGCUCAGCGUCCACCUAGCACUCGUCCUUCUGAUGAAAGUGUUUGACUACUGUUACACUUCCUCCGUGCGUGCGUGGUACACGGGCCUGCAAUACGUCAAGAAGAAGUUCCACGGCCAGAAAGAGGCGAACAAAAUCUGGCAGAAGGGACUGGAGCAAAACAUCACUCUACCGACCACAGGCGAGGAGGCGAUGCGGAGGCUACUGACGGUGCGCGGCAGGGACACGUACACGAUUCUCGGCGUGACGGCCGCCGCCACGCAGGAGGAGAUCACAAAGUACUACCGCAGGCAGGCAGUGCUCGUCCACCCCGACAAGAAUCGUCUGCCCGGUGCCGAGGAAGCCUUCAAGAUACUAGCGCACGCGUUCGACAUCGUCGGCGAGCCCGACAGCCGCCGCAAGUACGACGAGAAAAUUAUGCACUCGACUCAGGUUGAAUCUGCGAUGACGGAACUGUCCGACCUUCUCAGCAAGAUGAGGGACAAGAUCAAGGAGGCGGCGACGAUCAUGCGCUGCGACCGCUGCGGUGGGCGACACCGGCGCCACCCUCAGGAUCGUCCCGUGUACGCCGCCCGAUUCUGUGCACAGUGCAAUAUACGACACGCGGCUAAGGAGGGCGACAUAUGGGCGGAGACGGCCAUGUUUGGUCUACGGUGGCACUACUAUGCGAUGAUCAGCGGACACGUGUACCAGGUCACCGAGUGGGCGACGUGCCAGCGACGUCGCUUCCAGUACCUGCAGGCCAACUCCCACAACGUCACGACGAAAGUGAUGUUCGUCGGAAAGCGACAGCCGCAUUCUCCCGAUCUGCCGAGUGAGGAAGGUCUAGAGGAGUUUCUGGAGCAUCUUUACCACAAGGCGCAGAAAGGCGACGACAACAACAUGGGUGCAGCGGCUUCUGGUGGUCAAGACCAGCCUACGGGCAAGCGCAAACGGCGGAGAAAGAAACGCUAGUGUGGGAAAGAGAACUGACGGAUCUAAUGCGUGCUCCUCACCGCUAGACAGAUUUGUGCAAUCGGACGCUAAUGACGUCAACGCUAUGUAAUUGUUUCGCCCGCGACCAUUAAAAACAUGUUACUCGGUGGCCGGUGUUGUCUUACUCGAAGCAAGGGAGGAAACGACGAUCGUUGCAGUUCGCUCGCUUUCCCUCUUCCCGUUAAAAAAAUUGCGCAUUUUCUCGGUUGCCGCGUUGUCCCGUGGUCCUCGUGUCGGGUAGACGUGCGAUUUUUGCGAGAACAUGGCAUUUUUGCCGCCAUUCGAGCAUUUCGGGCUGAUGCGUUUGACCAAUGCUCCCCAGAAGAUGUCAGUGGUGGUGCUCAUCACAAUCUGCCAAAUGAGAGUCUUUUCCAACGGCGUUUAUUACAUCCUUGUUGUUGGCAGGUGUGCACGCGUGCGUGCGUGCAGGCGAGCGUGUGCGUGUCUGUAUGGGUGUGGAUGUAAUCGCGCAUCAGUGGGUGCUUGCAUGUAGGGAGGGUGGUGCUGUAUAUUUGUUUGGUGUGUAAUUAAUAAAUUCGGUCAAACGGUGGUUAUUGCAUUUCUUUCAUCUACGUGAGUGUGAUUUUACGUUGGUGGGCUGUGUGGGUAGGUGCGUGUGUGUGUCUGUCCGUGCGUGCGUGCGUGCGUGCGUGCGUGCGUGCGUGCGUGCGUGCGUGCGUGUGUGUGUGUGUGUGCGUGCGUUUCUCUUCCUCCACUAUUCAGCAGUAUGCUUCUGAAAUCUAAUCCUACAGUGUUAGGGAAGGAAAAUCCCACAUGCGAGGGAGGCAGGCUGAGACCGUUUUUGCGUGCUGUCAUUAGUAAUCAUACCUAUAGUUGAUUUUAGACUUACUAAUUGGAGUAAUCUCACAUUAUUUUUUUAUAACAAGUAUUAAGAGAUCGGUAGUUUAUUUUGCCUUGGUCACAAUCAUUACAGUCAGCCAAUCAUUUACUUGUCUUAUAUCUGGUGUUUUCCGGCGAGUUUCGUUGUUUUCUUGUACUGAUUUUUGGUAAUUAUCUUGUGACAUUCUAGCUAUAAAUGAGCAACAAACAGGUUGCUUUUGCCAGAUUCUUGUGUGUUUGUUCAAGGUUGGUGCCCUCGGCUUUUAUAAUCGGUUACUUGAGUUUAUAUAAAUUGAUCGAAAUUGAUCGAAAUGACCUGUGUUUCAUAGUGUGGCAAAACUGAUGUAAAGGGUUCGGUAAUUUUCUGUGGGAUACAUACACUUCACCAUUAAUCAUUUAUAUGAAAGGAUAUGAGAUUUUUCUGACACAAGCAUAUUAUGUUUGUAUUUAUUCACUACAGUACUUUUCUACGGACGUUUAAGUUGUCGGUCAAGAACAGCGUGUUUUUCAGAUUGGUGUGUAGUUUUUUUGGUGCCAACUUUACCUAUUCCGCUACAGAAUGCGAUGAGUUUUGCAGUGUCUCUUGGCUAGCCGUAGCUGCGUCCGCACCGAUUAUCGAUAUGCAGCGAUUGGAAAGUGAAUAUUUCGGUUCCAUAUAUCUGUAACCUAGUCGUCAGCUAGUGAUUCUCCGGAAAACCUUCUACUAGGAAAAAUUUAUACGGAACGUGGCGUUUGAGGGAAAUAUCACGAUUAUGUAAAGUAGCGGUAGUAACAUCGACACGGCUUGGUACAUCGAACAGACGAGUGUGGUGUUCUAACAGGUUAUCGAUUGGUAAUGGCUUCUUGUUUUACUGUAUACUGUAUUGCCACCCUUUGUUAUCAUGAAAAUAGAUAUGAUUCAAAAGUAAGUUCAUUAUUCAAUUUGUUGAGGCAAGAUGAAAAGAACGUUCUCAUCUUGUCUGUGUUUUCUGCAGGUCUAACAUAAUUAGCUAUUCUGACGAAUACACUAAGCUCGUGGCAAUUUUGGUAGUGAUUGUUUAGCUUUACCUUAUAAUACCGGUAAAGUUGUCGCGUGUUUUUAUGUACAGAGUUGUUGCUGUCAUGCUGAAGGGGAAUAUAUAAAAGACUGCGUGAUGCAGAUUGUAUAAGUAA